AGUGUUGCGGUUACGUCAGCCCCACAGCUAGCUGGACAAUCCUAGAUCCUCGAAUGCCAAGACUAUUUGAUGCGAAAAAAGCGAGAAGUAGAGCGUAGCUUUCUGUUCUGGAGGUAUUUUGAGAGAUAACCAAAAAAAAGUAAUAUAAAAAAGUUAGUCAGAAAAAAAAAAUGGUUGCUACCAAGCACCGAAUUGCGUCUCGAUUCGAAAAGUCAAACAAUCUAGACGAUUGGAUCCGUAAGAUCAAGAACAAGAAAUUCAUGGUUAAGCGUGAAACUCGCGGACAGGACUUGCGAGUGCUGGCCAUGCUCACGGAAGCACUUUCUCACGCCGAAGAAUGCCAACGGCGUGAGAAAAUUCGCAAGCAGGAAGAUAGAGCCAUUAAGUGGGCCCGGAUCCGUUCCCGACUCGCGGAACCGCCGCGUAUGUACUGUGACCUGGAGGAGGAGGAAGAGGACGAAAAAUCGUGUAAAGCGUCCGACGCCAUCUGGAGUGAAGAUUUUAACGGAAUCAAUACUUUCAUAACGGAACUGAGCAGUAUCAAGACCCCCAUUAGUCGAUAGAUAUAGUUGUUGAACGGGGGUUUUUUUCCACGUAAUUUUCCAUCAAACAAAAUGUACUUGAUAGGGAACAUUCUCCUGAUCUCAUCAAUGAGAAUGCAAUCACUAGAACUCGCUGGGCGUCACUUCGCUGCGACGUAGUUUGAUACGUUCGAACCACCGAUAAUAAGAGUUGUGGAAACAUUUCUUAUAAUCGGUCGCCAUUUUGAAAACUGAAAAUUUUCAUCAUGUUCGAUCAUGCUCUCUUACACACGCGCUCUCACGAAUACACCGAUGCAGCCGCCGUGAGUGGUGUGGGCCCAGGAAGAAUGCGCGCUUGGCAUCAAUGCCAACCGCGGCUAUAUUUGAACUGGGCAACCUGUCGUGGCUAUCGCUUCGCUGUAUGUGUGCGUGUUAGCGUGCGUCGCUUUCAGCGGGGAAUCUUGCUCGCUCAUUUGUGCACUUUCCCUUCUCGACAUAGACGAAUGUCGAUGACGGCGACGACGAACGGGGUUUCGAGUGCAAUGUUUCCCAAUCGCCUUGGGUUCUCCCCACCCGUCGUCAGCCAUAUUUACCUUAAGCGGUCGAAAAUCGAGUACGCGCGUAGCGACGCGACGCCACAGUGAGAGAGAGGGGGCAAACAAAAGCCUUUGUUUGAAAGUAGUUUUUUUCCUUCUUUUGGAGGAAAAUUCCACCAAUGCAAUCGAAGACACGAGAGUUGCGAAGGCUGAGAAAAAAUUGUGAUGAAAUCAUCGAGUUAAAGAUGUAUAUAUUUUUGUAAACUGAUUUGUACAAAGCUUUUUAUUCCUCCGUGGUCAGGUUUAGGCGAUGAUUAGUCCGCCUCCGUUUUUUUCAAGAACACGACAGAAAAAGAAACAGUAGGCCUCGACACACGAGAG